GGAGCUCGGAGCGCGUGCACGCGUGGAAGACGGAGCAGGCCAGUGGCCAGGAGCUUGAAUAUACCUGGCCCUGACAGCUUUGAGUGGCCUCUUGCAGUGACCAACAUGAGAAAAAAGUGGAAAGUUGGGGGCACGAAGUACAUCUUUUCCUUGUUGCUGUUCUUUCUUUUCCUAGAAGGAAGCAAAACAGAGCAACCAAAACAUUCAGAGACAUAUUGUGUGUUUCAAGACAAGAAGUACAGAGUGGGUGAGAGAUGGCAUCCUUACCUGGAACCUUAUGGGUUGGUUUACUGUGUGAACUGCAUCUGCUCAGAGAAUGGGAAUGUGCUUUGCAGCCGAGUCAGAUGUCCAAGCCUUCAUUGCCUCUCCCCUGUGCAUAUACCACAUCUGUGCUGCCCACGCUGCCCAGACUCCUUACCCCCAGCAAACAAUAAGGUGACCAGCAAGUCGUGUGAAUACAACGGGACCACUUACCAACAUGGUGAGCUGUUCGUGGCUGAAGGGCUCUUUCAGAACCGGCAACCCAAUCAAUGCACCCAGUGCAGCUGUUCGGAGGGAAAUGUGUACUGUGGUCUCAAGACUUGCCCCAAGUUAACCUGUGCAUUCCCAGUCUCUGUUCCGGAUUCCUGCUGCCGGGUUUGCAGAGGGGAUGGAGAAUUGUCGUGGGAACAUUCUGAUGGUGAUAUCUUCCGGCAACCUGCCAACAGAGAAGCAAGACAUUCUUACCACCGCUCUCACUAUGAUCCCCCACCAAGCCGACAGGCUGGAGGUCUGCCCCGCUUUCCUGGGGCCAGAAGUCACCGAGGAGCUCUCAUGGAUUCCCAGCAAGCAUCUGGCACCAUUGUGCAGAUUGUCAUCAACAACAAACACAAGCAUGGACAAGUGUGUGUUUCCAAUGGAAAGACCUAUUCCCAUGGCGAGUCCUGGCACCCCAAUCUCCGGGCAUUUGGCAUUGUGGAGUGUGUGCUGUGCACUUGUAACGUCACCAAGCAAGAGUGUAAGAAAAUCCACUGCCCCAACCGGUACCCCUGCAAGUAUCCUCAAAAAAUAGAUGGAAAAUGCUGCAAGGUGUGUCCAGGUAAAAAGGCAAAAGAAGAACUUCCGGGCCAAAGCUUUGACAGCAAGGGCUACUUUUGUGGAGAAGAAACCAUGCCCGUGUAUGAGUCUGUGUUCAUGGAGGAUGGGGAGACCACCAGAAAAAUUGCCCUGGAGACAGAGAGACCACCUCAGGUGGAGGUGCACGUUUGGACCAUUCGAAAGGGCAUCCUCCAGCACUUCCAUAUUGAGAAGAUCUCCAAGAGGAUGUUUGAGGAACUCCAUCACUUCAAACUGGUAACCAGGACAACGCUGAGCCAGUGGAAGAUCUUCACUGAAGGAGAAGCUCAGAUCAGCCAGAUGUGUUCAAGUCGUGUGUGCAGAACAGAGCUUGAAGAUUUAGUCAAGGUUUUGUACCUGGAAAGAUCUGAAAAGGGCCACUGUUAGAUGAGACAGGCGAUAUUGGAAAGGAUAGAGCAAGAAAAAUCAAGCUGCAGCUGGACUGCAGGCUUAUUUUGCUUAAGUCAACAGUGCCCUAAAACCCCAAACUCAAAUGCAGUUCAUUAUUCACGCCAUGCACAGCAUAACUUGCUCCUUUAUGUGUAGUGGUGUGUCAGUCCUUAAACAUCUCCUCCAAAGAGACUGGGAGAGUCUUGAAUUAUUUGUGGAGUAAAGAGGGAUAGAACACCACCAUCCUGCUCUAAGUUUCUGGGAGAAUCACAUUUCUUUACAGGUUAAAGAGUAAACAAAACCCUAGAGUUUCUAUCUAGAAAGUUAUUCCAGUGAAAGAAAGAGGAGAGAAAUGCUUAGUGGGAGUUCUGUAGUACAGAGAAAAUAUUUGUAUGAAAUCAUACUCUUUGAAUUUUAGAACGUCUUGUGUUUUUAAGAAAAAAAUUAACUCCCCAUCCUCACACACACACACACACACACACAG